AUGGCGGCGCGCCGGGGACGGAGAGACGGAAUCGCGCCGCCUGCGAGUGGGGGCUUCGGCCCCGACCCUGGCGGUGGAGUGCGCAGCAGCGGUUGGGGGAGUCGGAGCCAAGCACCAUAUGGUACCGUGGGCGCUGUGAGUGGCGGGGAGCAGGCGCUGCUGCACGAGGAGGGCGAUGAUUCCGGCUUCGUCAGUCUGUCUCGGCUGGGCCCCUGUUUGAGGGACAAGGACCUGGAGAUGGAGGAGCUGAUACUGCAGGAUGGGGCGCUGCUGGGGACCAUGCACAGCUAUAUGGAUGCCUCCCUCAUCUCCCUCAUUGAAGAUUUUGGUAGCCUUGGAGAGAGCAGAUUAUCUCUGGAGGACCAGAAUGAAGUGUCACUGCUCACAGCUCUGACGGAGAUCUUGGACAAUGCAGAUUCUGAGAACCUAUCUCCGUUUGACAGCAUUCCUGACUCAGAGCUGCUCGUGUCACCUCGGGAGGGCUCCUCUCUGCACAGGUUGCUCAACCUCUCUCGGACACCCCCAGAACGUGACCUCAUCACCCCAACUGACCCACUGGGACCCAGUACAGGCAGUAGUAGAGUAAGUGGGGUUGAGAUGGCGCUCACGGAUCCCCCUUGGGACUUCUCUCCACCUUCCUUCUUGGAGACCUCCUCUCCUAAGCUUCCUAGUUGGAGACCCCCAAGAUCAAGACCCCGCUGGGGCCAGUCCCCUCCUCCCCAGCAGCGUAGUGAUGGGGAGGAAGAGGAGGAGUUGGCUGGCUUCAGCAGUGAGAUGCUUGCUGGGGAGCUCAACAACUCUGUGAGCAGCAUCCCAGACUUCCCCAUGCACCUAGCCUGUCCUGAGGAGGAAGACAAAACAGCGGCGGCAGCAGAGAUGGCAGUGCAGGCAGCUGGAGACGAGAGCAUCUCCUCCUUGAGUGAGCUGGUGCGGGCCAUGCACCCGUACUGCCUGCCCAACCUCACCCACCUGACGGCUCUUGAGGAUGAGCUUCAGGAGCAGCCGGAUGACUUGACACUGCCUGAGGAUUGUGUGGUGCUAGAGAUUGUGGGUCAGGCGGCCACAGCUGGCAAUGACCUGGAGAUCCCAGUUGUGGUGCGACAGAUCCCUGCUGGUCCCCAGCCUGUGCUCCUGGAUGACACGCUAGAGGUCAGUCCGGCCUUGCAGCUGCUCAUGCCACCACUAGAGGUGGAGACAGAGGCUGCUGUUCCCAAGGAAACCCUCUGCCCUGUGGAUGAGGGCUUGUCACUGGACUCAAAGGAAAAGUUGGAGUCAGCCUCCAUGUUGGAGCCCAGGGAGGUCAUGGAGCCUGUGGCGCCCAAGGGGCCUCAGAAUCCACCAGCCAAUGCAAUGCUAAGUUCCCAGAGGGCUCGAAAGGGCAGGAGGAAAAAGAGCAAGGAGCAGCCAGCUGCCUGUGCAGAGGGCUACACCAGGAGGCUGAGGUCGGCCUCUCGUGGGCAGUCUACAGCUGUUCCAGAGGUGACCUCUCAGGGAGGCAACCUGCCUCAGGAGGACCUGCAAAGAGAGGUGGGCCCCCCCCAUGGUAGAGGGAAGCCCCGGGCCUGGGCUCGGGCCUGGGCAGCUGCCUUGGAGAAGCCUAGCUCUGUGAACGUGGAGAGCAGUACUGAACAAGCUAGUCCUGCUGAAGAAGGUCCUGGAGACCUCUGCCCCAGCCUGGUUGACCCUAUCCAAGCCAACCCUGUUUCAGCGCAUCUCUCCCUGGUUGACUCUGCUCAAGCUGACCCCAUGCCACUUGACUCUGCUGAAGCUGAUUCCACUGCAGUUGACCCUGGUCCCACUGCGACUGACACUGAACCUGCUGACCCUGUGCUAACUAACCUUGCUUCAGCAAACUCAGAGCUGGUUGACCCUCUCCCAGCUGACCCAGUCCUGGCUGACUCAGCAGCAGCUGACCCUGCAGCAGUUGUUCCCAUCUCAGACGACUUGCCUCCAGUUGACCCUGUCCUGGUCAAGUCAGUACAAGUUGACUCUGUUCCCAAUGACCUGUCUCCAGCUGACCCGGUACUAGUUAAGUCUAGGCCAACUGAUCCCAGACGUGGUGCAGUAUCAUCAGCCCAGAGGAAUCCAGCCGCCCAGCUCCUGCUGGAAUCAGAGUCCUCAGAGCCCUCAAAGGCCAACAGUCCUGAAGUCAGGGAGGUUGUAGGUCCUCUGAAGGGGGAAACUGGUACCAGUACCACAACCCAGGAAGCCAGGCCGCGGCCUCUUAGCCUAUCUGAGUAUCGGCGACGAAGGCAGCAGCGCCAGCCAGAGGCCGAAGAGAGGACCCCCCAGCCUCCAGCUGGGAAGUGGCCCAGCCUCCCAGAAACUCCCACAGGACUGGCAGACAUCCCUUGUCUUGUCAUCCCUCCAACCCCAGCCAAGAAGACAGCUCCGCAGAGAAGCCCUGAGGCUCCUCCUGAGGCUUGCUUUGGGUCUGUGGGCCCCAGCCCUGCCUCUCCUAGUCCUGAGCCACCUGUGAGCAAACCUAUGGCCUCACCUCCUACUGAGCAGGUGCCAUCCCAAGAGAAACUGCUGCCGGCAAGACCGCCACCUCCUGCUAUGCAACCCAUGCCCCCCACAAUGCCCACUGCUCUGCCUUUUCCCACGGGUGGGCUGGGCAUGACUGCUGUGCUCCCCCUUCCCACAAAUGGGCAAGCUGUCCCCAGUCUGCCCCCACCACCCCUGCAGCCUCCUAGUGUUCCGAUGUCUAUGGGGCCAGUGCCACCUGACCCCUAUACUCACUAUGCCCCUGUGCCACCCUGGCCUUGUUAUCCUCCCGUGUCCCCUUCUGGCUAUCCUUGCCUGCCCCCCCCACCAGCGGUGCCCCUAGUGUCUGGUACUCCAGGUGCCUAUGCUGUGCCCCCCACUUGCAGUGUGCCUUGGGUACCUCCUCCUGCCCCAGUCCCACCUUAUAAUUCCAACUGUACCUAUGGGCCCUUGGGAUGGGGCCCAGGGCUGCAACACCCUCCGUUUUGGCCUGCUGUUCCUCCACCUCCUUUGCCUCUAACCUCAGUUGGAAGAGCUGUCCCCCCACCCAAGGUGGAGCCUGGUAGCAUCCCAGCUGGCCCUCCUGAAAGUGUGCCAGCCGUGCCAAUGGCUUCUCCCCUCAGUCUUGGGGUGGCUGGCCACGGAGCGCCACAGACAGAGCCCACCAAGGUGGAGGUCAAGCCAGUGCCCGCAUCUCCCCAUCUGAAACACAAGGCGUCCUCCCCGGUGCACAGCCCUCGGGUCAAGGCUCCACCGUGUGUGUCUGCUGAGAAUGUGGUUGUUGAGGAGCCUGCAUCAGAGAGGCUAAAGCCUGAGCCGCAGGAGACUAGGCCCAGGGAGAAACCACCCUCUCCUGUUGCCAAGGCUGUUCCCACACCAACACCAAGGCAGAGCGCUACCACCAAACUGCCUACUGUCCACCCAGCCCGUCUAAGGAAACUGUCCUUUCUACCUACCCCACGAACCCAGGGUCCUGAGGACGUGGUGCAGGCUUUCAUCAGUGAGAUUGGAAUUGAGGCGUCGGACCUGUCCAGUCUGCUGGAGCAAUUUGAGAAAUCAGAAGCCAAAAAGGAGUGCCCUCCCCCGGCUCCUGCUGACAGCCUGGCUGUAGGAAACUCAGGCAGCGUUGACACUCCCCAGGAGAAGAGGCCCCUAGACCGGUUACAAGCCCCAGAACUGGCCAACGUGGCAGGGCUCACCCCUCCAGCUACCCCUCCCCAUCAGUUAUGGAAGCCCCUGGCUGCUGUCUCUCUGCUGGCCAAAGCCAAAUCUCCUAAGUCCACCGCCCAGGAGGGAACCCUGAAGCCUGAAGGAGUUACGGAGGCCAAACAUCCAGCUGCAGCCCGCCUCCACGGAGGGGUCCAUGGCCCUAGUCCAGUCCAUGUGGGCUCUGGGGACCAUGACUAUUGUGUUCGGAGCAGGACCCCCCCAAAAAAGACGCCUGCCCUAGUCAUUCCAGAGGUGGGCUCCCGAUGGAACGUCAAACGCCAUCAGGAUAUCACCAUCAAGCCCGUCUUGUCCCUGGGCCCAGCCACCUCUGUGCCUCCAGGCACAGCUGCCUCCCAGAAGCCACUUGAUCACAGGACUAGCAAAGAGCAGGCAGAUCCCCAAACUCCUUGCCUUGCCCCGUCUGCCUUGCUUUCCCCUGAGGCCUCACCCUGCCGGAAUGACACGAACACUAGGACUCUCCCUGACCCCUCAGCUAAGCAGCAGUCACUGCGCUGUUACCGAAAAGCCUGCAGGUCAGCCAGCCCCUCAAGCCGGGGCUGGCAAGGCCUCCGUGGCCGCAGCAGCCGUUCUGUCAGCUCUGGGUCCACCCGGACCAGCGAAGCAUCUUCCUCCUCAUCCUCAUCGUCGUCUUCCUCAUCCCGGUCCCGGUCCCGGUCCCGGUCCCUCUCCCCCCCACACAAGAGGUGGCGAAGGUCCAGUUGUAGUUCCUCUGGACGUUCCCGAAGAUGCUCUUCCUCUUCCUCCUCCUCAUCUUCCUCCUCAUCUUCCUCCUCAUCAUCUAGUUCCCGAAGCCGGUCCCGCUCUCCAUCUCCUCGCCGGAGAAGUGACAGGAGGCGGCGGUACAGUUCUUAUCGUUCACACGACCAUUACCAAAGGCAGAGAGUUCUGCAGAAGGAGCGUGCAAUAGAAGAAAGAAGAGUGGUCUUCAUUGGGAAGAUACCUGGCCGCAUGACUCGGUCAGAGCUGAAACAGAGGUUCUCUGUUUUUGGGGAGAUUGAGGAGUGCACCAUCCACUUCCGUGUCCAAGGUGACAACUAUGGCUUCGUCACUUACCGCUAUGCCGAGGAGGCAUUUGCAGCCAUCGAGAGUGGCCACAAGCUGAGGCAGGCAGAUGAACAGCCCUUUGAUCUCUGCUUUGGGGGCCGCAGGCAGUUCUGCAAGAGAAGCUAUUCUGAUCUUGACUCCAACCGGGAAGACUUUGACCCUGCUCCUGUAAAGAGCAAAUUUGAUUCUCUUGACUUUGACACAUUGUUGAAACAGGCCCAGAAGAACCUCAGGAGGUAACCCUGGGCCCUUCUCCCCCAUCCCCUUUUCUUUGGAGGUGCCCAACCUCCUCCAUUCCCCUCCCCCAGUCUAGGGGAGAGAGCUGCUAGUGAGGAGAUGACUGUUUUAUAAAGAAAUGGAAAAAAGUGAAAUAAAAAUGUAAUACAUCAGA